AUGUCGAACCAGUACUACCCACCUCCGCCUGGUGCUGGCGGCCCAGCCGGCCCUCAGAAGUCAUAUCCUCCUCCUCCCACCUCGCCGCCCGCAAACCAGACAAAGUUCUACCCGCCGCCGCCCGGGACGCCGAGCUUCGCGCCUCCGCAAGCCCAGUCCUACCCGACACCACCACACCAGUCCUACCCGCCGCCGCAGCAGCAGCAACAACAGCAACCGCAACAGCAGCAGCAGCAGAAGAACUACCCGCCCCCGCCCCAGGCCGCCCACCAGAGCGCUUCGCCUCCGCCCCCGAUCCAGACCAGCACUCCCGUGAACUACUCCCGUCCUCCCUCCGCCGCCCACCAGACGAACCUGCCCUACCGUGAUGCCAACGCCGCCACUCCUCCAGCUAGGGUCUCCGCCGGCGGCCCGCCCGGCUACGACCAAGCUGCCCCGGGUGCACCCGAGGGCUACCCCCAGGAGAAGGGCGGACACUCGGCCCAGGGCAGCGUAGACCUGUCGCGGCAUGUGUCGACCAUGUCCGCACAGCAGCCGGGCCCCUCGGCCGCCGGCGCACCUCCGGCCGGCCAGUUCCAGGGCGCGCACUCGGCGACGGUCGACGACGUGGGCACGUUCAACGGCGGGUCGUACCGCAUCUCGCACCGCGACUGCAACACCAUCAUCACGAUCCAGCUGGCCAUGGGGUGCCCGCUGGACGCCAAGCCCGGGGUGCUGAUCGCCAUGUCGCCGACCAUCACGCUCAAGGGCGAGUACAAGUUCAGCAUGAAGAAGAUGAUCGCGGGCGGCGAGGUCGGGCACUCGACCUUCAUCGGGCCCGGCGAGCUGCUGCUGGCGCCCAGCAUGCUGGGCGACAUCACGACGGUGCGGCUGGGCGGCGACGAGAGCUGGAGCGUCAGCAAGGACGCCUACGUGUGCAGCACGCAGGGCGUCGUGCGCGACUACAAGCGCCAGGGCCUGGGCAAGGCCAUGUUCUCGGGCGAGGGCCUCUGGGUCCACAAGAUCUCGGGCGUCGGCCUCAUGUGGAUCACCAGCUUCGGCGCCAUCAUCCGCAAGGACCUGGCCGACGGCGAGAAGUACAUUGUCGACAACGGCCACCUCGUCGCCUGGAACGUCAAGUACAUCAUGGAGCGCGUCGCCAGCGGCGGCAUCAUGGCCGGCUUCGCCUCGGGCGAGGGCCUGGUGUGCAAGUUCACCGGGCCGGGGACCGUCUUCCUGCAGACCAGGAACCCGAGGGCCUUCAGCGCCUACAUGACGGGCAAUGCUGCACCGCCGUAA